UUAAUCUCAUAAAAUACGCAAGAGUUCGUAAUAACAAUUUUUAAAUUCUGGGUCGACGCGUUCAACUCAUGGAUGAAUCGGACACCAGUAAUCACUGGAAAACGCCACCUUUGCAUGUAACAGUACUUAAUGGAUUGGCUUACAUCCGCCCGGUAAUGCUUCUCUCUAUCUCCGUGCUCUAAACCAUCUCCUUUUGUUUUACCCUUAACUAGCUACCUAGCCCAUCGAUCGUCCAUGGAUUCCUCUUCUCCUUCCUGCCAAAUCCAUCUUGGCAAAAAUGAUGAGGAGAUAAUCAAUGAACAAGAGAAGGACCCAAGAACUAAUAGUAGCGAUAAGUACAAAGAGAUCAUCUUAACUUUUCCAAGGGAAAGAGAUUGGAGCCUUAACAGCGGCGGUCUCUAUCAGUAUCAAGAUUUCUGGUUCAUGGGACCUUUCUUGGCGGGAGUGCUUUCAGCUCAAGAUCACUUCAUGGCUCGAUCAACCGAUAUAAUCCUGGCUAGCUUCAUGAAAACUGGUACAGUAUGGCUUAAAGCUCUAGCUUUUGCCAUCGUUACCAGGUCAAACUUUGAUAUAGAUUCAACUAGCCCUUUACUGAAAAAAGGCCCACAUGAUUGUGUGCCUUUCUUGGAGGUUGAUCUUGCAAAAGACUCGAAUAAUCGAGACAUGACAAUUCCACUUGUGGGGACGCACAUGCCUUACACUAGUUUGCCAAAAUCAAUUCUUGCUUCUGGUUGCAAAAUUGUUUAUUUAUGGAGAGAUCCAAAGGAUGUGUUCGUUUCCAUGUGGUUUUUUCUUGCCAAGUUGCUGAGAUUAAUGGGUUCGGAACCACUUCCUCUGGGAGAGGCCUUUGAGUUAUUUUGCAAAGGAUUUGUAACAUAUGGACCCUAUUGGAAUCAUGUUUUAGGGUAUUGGAAGGCAAGACGAGAAUAUCCUGAGAAAAUAUUAUUUUUGAAAUAUGAAGACAUGAAGAAAGAUGCAACUUUUCACGUCAAGAAAUUAGCAGAUUUCAUGGGCUAUUCUUUCACUUUAGAGGAGGAGGAAAAUGGGGCCAUGCAGAAGAUUGUGAACAUGUGCAGCUUUGAGAAUCUGAGCAAUCUUGAAGUCAAUAAACAUGGACGUAGAGAAAACACAUCAAUAGAUAUCGAAAAUAACAUAUUCUUUAGAAAAGGUAAGGUAGGAGAUUGGAAAAGUCAUUUAACACCUGAAAUGGGUGCUCGUUUGGAUGAGAUAAUGGAGCAGAAGUUGACAGGUUCUGGCUUGACUAUGAUGUCUCCUGGUCUGGUGACAGGUGAUGGAUCUAGCUCGACCUAAUCUUCAGUUACUGUUCUUUUUUUUUUUUUCGUUUGUGGGAUAAUAACAUUGUGGUUUUUGCUAUCUGUUAUAGCACUCUUUGGAGGAAAAACUAUUGUUAUGUACUUUCUUGUUGGUUUUAACCUAAUUGGUUUACAGUA